UUGCUUAAAGCAGACGUGGUUUGGUCUACGUCAGAUCCGUCCACGCGAAGUCUUCAAUACAUUCAACGUUAGUGAUAUAAUUCCGGAAAAGUCUACCGUUAUUUAAUGAUUUCGCUUCCAAUUUUAGGACAAUUUCUUCUGUCAUAUUUAAUAUGAAGUCGGUGCUUCUUCUGUUGGGAAUUUUAAUUCCUGUUUAUGGACAGAUUUUCAUAAAUCAACAAAAAUGGAGUCUGACUUUGACAACUCAAGCGAACUUGGAAAAAAUAUACCAUGUGGAGGAAGAACUACUUCAAUCAUUUUCCAUAUUCUUAAGGCAAGAACAGUUCUAUCAUAAAUUGGAUAAUAGAUCCCCUGAUGAUGCCGACGAAGAGGAAGAAGAACACGAGAACGCCCAUGCUCAUAAUGGAUCUAAAUCUCAUCUAGAAGACGUUAAAAAGAAUAUUGAGUUAUUGGAGGAUGCCAAGAGGGUGCAUAGAAUAGUUUCUAAUAGAGUUAUGAAAUAUAUCUUACACCCUAUUAAUGUUUAUCAUAUGAUGAGAAGAGUUAGAACAAUAAAUAAAGCUGCAAUGGAUGUGUUUGAAAACGUCUGUAAAGCAUGGAAUAUGCCGGAUCUCAAAUACAGAUUACAGAACAUAAACAGGAGUGUCCCAACUGAAGAACAUUUUGAGAAUGUGGCCUAUGACUUGGUGAUGUUACAACAUAUUUAUAAUCUUACAGAAAAUAGUUUGUUCAGUGGAAACCUUUUUAACCAUUCUUCACUGGAUCCUCUUUCACCUCGAGAUAUUUAUGAUAUAGCUCGCAUAGCGUAUAAACGACAGGAUUAUUAUUAUGCUAUACGAUGGGCUAGAUACUUGACUGAACUGUUUAAUACAUAUGAUGUACCUGAUGAUCGCUAUGGUUUUAGUAUGAAGAACUUGUUUGCUAUCAUGUCUUCAUCAUAUUAUCCACUCAAACAGUACAAAAGUGCCAUGAUUUCCGCUCAGAUGAUUCUUAGGCUAGAUCCUGACAAUAAACUAGCGCAAGUUAAUGAGAAAUUUUUCGAAAGAUUGAUCGACCAAGAUAAAAAAAUUCCAUUACGUAGAAUUCCCCCAGGUGAUAAAACUAGAAGAAAAUAUGAGGCUAUGUGUCGUGGAACUUUGAAAAAGCCAGCUAAAUUAGCAAAACAAUAUAAAUGUAAAUACCAAAGAGGUAAAAAUUUGUUUAUAUACCACAAGAUGGAAGUGAUGAACCUGAAACCGAAAAUAUUAGUCUUUCAUGAUGUUUUUAAUCAAGAUACUGGUGAUGCCGUCGCUUAUCUUGGAUAUAAACCGUUAAGUGAAGCUUCAUAUAAAAACAGAAUGUAUUUUGAAUCUCCCCACUUCACAGCCAUUCCACGCGACCGAACUCGUUCACAGUGGGUUAAAGCGUUAACUAACCGUUUAGAUGAGCUACCAAUGGCAUCCAUUAAACCCUACAGGAAAGGAAUAUUAGAGGUUAGAAAUAUUGGUUUUGAGGGUAUGUAUUAUGAUAUCUCUGAUGCCAAAAAUUGGGUACCCAAACUUGGCGGAGGCAACACGGCAUCCAUGUUUGCAUUCUUGAAAGAUGUGGAAGCUGGUGGUGAAAUGGUCUUCCCCUAUCACAGAGUUAGAAUCACACCUCGACUGGGUAGUGUAGUAUACUAUCUGGCAUCUAGAAGUUUUAUGAUGGUUUGUCCAGUAGCUUACGGUACAGAAUGGCUGUCCGUAAUGUCUUUUUAUGAAGAACAUAAGUAUGGAUUUUGUCGAGAUCACGAUCAACCAUAAACGCAAGAUAACUCUUUACGUUAUUCACAUCCAUCGUCAGGUCAUUCUCAAAGAUUAAUUCUCUUGGAUUAACAUUAUUAUUACCUUUGAAUAAUAUAAAGUAUGACACUUUUAUAUUUCUUAAAUUGCCAAAAUCAUUUCCUUUUACUUAGAAAGAUUUUGAAAAUAUUCUUAUAAUACAUGUAAUUAUUUAUAAAUCUCUAUAUGUGUGGCAUAUCUACUUAAAACUAUUUAUUUUUUUCAAUUUAUAAAAAUCUAUCAUGCACUUAGUUUAACAAAAUCUACUUAAAACUAUUUAUUUUUUUCAAUUUAUAAAAAUCUUAUCAUGUACUUAGUUUAACAAAAUGUGGAGUUAGUUCCCCUUAAUUUAGCGUUACACAGUUUUAGAUCGCUUAAUGUUUAGCUAUACGGAUUGUCCUGUCCGGAUUGUCAUCUAAAUGUAAAAGGUUUGGCAUUUUCAGAAAAAAGGGUGCCUCCUUUCUAGUUGCCAUUAAAAUGUCAAUGGAAGCCCCGUACGUAGAAGAUGUUUUUACUCCCUUAGAACUCCACUGAUGAACGUCUGUCUAUGUAUAUAUUAAGUUAUUGUCCUGUUCUUUGUAUAUUUUGUAGACAAUAAAUCAUUAUAAUAUAUAACAAAAGUUUCCACAUUUAUAUAUUCUAUAAUUGACGGCUGAAAAGCGUAACCGGGUGCGCGUGUGUGUGAGGGGGGGGGGGGCAUAGGCUAAAAUUACUUAAUAAGGGACGUUUUAUAUGUCACUGAUCAGUGUAAUGAUGAAACAUAAAGUAACAGUGUGUCCAGUGAGUAUAUUAUGUCAUUUACCUCUAGCAGUUUGGACAAAAGUUCGACAAAUUCUGAAAAACUGCUAUUUUGAAAUAUAACUUAUGAUAGCCACAUUCAGAGAAACAUAUUUCCAAAUCUAAGCCCGAUCUAGUGUGCUUGCCCAAAUAAUUGAACAACUGAAAAUCAUUUGUUGAAAAGAUCAUUUAUUCAUAAAGUGCAUGACACGUUAAAAUAUAAAUUUAGUACAUACAUUCCUAGAAAUGAUAAGAAUAAAGGACUAUAACAAAACACCUGUCCAGUUGAAUAAAAGACAAGACUUCAGACAUGGCAUUUGUGAAACAUGUAGUAAGCAAGACACUAUAAUUGGAUAAACUGUGGAAAAUGAGGAAUACUAACCAUCUGAAGAUACAGACAGUGAUUAUAUUCUAUGACCCCAGUAAAGUAUAGUACAUGUAUAUGUAUUUACAUUUAGCCCGGUCGAUGCAAAUCACUAGGACCUUCAACCUCAUUUCAUUUCUAUUUACUAUUUUAUUAUUUUUUAGAAUUUUCUUUGCUUUAAUGUUUUUAUUCACAAAUGACGUCAUGUGGAAUUAUAUAUGGCAUGGUAAUAUAUAAUUUAAUUCAAUAUGAUUAAAUCAGAAAUAAAUUACGUUUUGUUUUGUUUUACCUCUUGUACGUUGUACUACAGUGUAGUGUAAUAUUCAGAAAUAAAUAAACGAAACGAAAUGAGA